AUGGUCGACAUCACGAGCAGUCAGUCGAGGAUAUUUAGACGACGAGAAAUCUCUUACAGCAAGAACGACGACUUUCUCGGCGCAGGAGGGUUCGGUAUCGUCUACCGAUGUCGGCUAACGUUGGCGAAGUCUAGGGAAGUAGCAGCGGUAAAAGUUCUCAGAGUGCCGCACAGGCUGCGACAAAUAGAAGAGAAAGCUUUCGUUCGAGAGGCCAGUAUACUGGAACGCCUUGUUGAUUGCCCGUAUAUCAUUCGUUUCUUGGGCUUGUGCAUCGACCCUGGGCAUUAUGCGAUUGUUAUGGAAUAUGUGGAGUAUGGCAAUCUAGGACACUUGUUGGUAGAUGGUGAUUCAGCCAUCAAGCAAUGGGACUGUCGCAUUCGCAUGGCUCUAGAAAUUGCCAAAGGAAUGAACUAUUUACACAGUCUGCAACCACAGAUUAUUCACAGAGACUUGAAGACAAUGAAUGUGUUGGUGGGUCACAACUACUGCUGCAAAAUCAUUGAUUUUGGGUUGGCAAAAGUGCGAGAUAUUUCAACACAAACAACGACAAGCGUGAAAGGAACAGUAGCGUUUACUGCACCUGAAAUAUUUGAUGGAACAGUCGAGGGGAAGAAAGAAAUGAAAAUUGAUGUUUACUCGUAA